UAGACAUGGAAACCGGCAAAAGAAAGACCGUGGGCGAGGAAGGCGAGCUAUGGAUCAAGUCGCCCCUCCGCAUGAAGGGCUACAUGGGCGACCCGGCGGCCAGCGAGGCGCUGCUCGACCAGGAGGGCUACGUGCGCACGGGCGACAUCGGCCACUACGACAACGAGGGCGCCUUCUAUUUCGUCGAUAGACUUAAGGAGCUCAUCAAGUACAACGGCUUUCAGGUGGCCCCAGCGGAGCUGGAAGCCCUUCUGCUGCAGCACCCGGGCGUGGCUGAAGCCGGCGUGGUGGGCGCACCCCAUGAGAGCGCGGGCGAGCUGCCCACCGCUUUCGUGGUGCGCCAGCCCGGCGCCGCCGUCACCGAGCGGGAGCUGCAGGACCACGUGGCCAGCAAGGAUGCGGUGAUCUUGGGCAUCAAUGGUGCAUGUGGAGGAAUCGAGUUGAUCAUCAACGACAUAGCGACAUUUACAAUGCGAGACACCAAAACUAAGACUGCCAAAUCAUUCGCGAUUCGGGAUGAAAUUAUAAAUAUUUUUAAAAACAACCCGAAAAAUAUUGUUUUGGCAACUAACACUACUAUAACAGCCAAGUCUCAAGCAGAAGUACACCACUCCUCGUCAGCAUCACACCAGUCACGUCAACCACUUUACACAGAUACACAGCCAGGCUCCCGUGACAUUGAGCAUUGUAGUCCUGAUAAAAUCAAAAUUGAUACCCAGAAAAAAUCUUCUAGCACACGUUCACAGGCAUCUGCUAUUUAUUAUUAUUAUAUUAUCAUUAUAUUAUCAUUAUCAACCAGAAUUAUCAACUGCAGCCAGAUUGAAGAUUGGCCACAGUCUGCACUUGGUGGAUCAAAUUCUCAGCCUCUAUUGCCUUCUCAGCGGGAAGGAAGGGCAAGUGAACAGUCAACCAGUGACACUGCAUCCUCACAGCCAGGGUCAAUUUCAAAUAUGUUGCAAACUAAUAUUCGUGUACCUCGAAGAGUUACAAUAACCGGUAGCCCUAAUAUGAGAAAUGUUAAUUUAGCAUCCAAUGAUGGACCUGAUGGAACAAGAACAGUUACAAUAACCGGUAGCCCUAAUAUGUCAAAUGUUAAUGUUCAAUCCAAUAAUGGACCUGGUGGAUCAAGAACAGUUACAAUAACAGAUAGCCCUAAUAUGUCAAAUGUUAAUUUUCAAUACAAUAACAGUGGAACAAUAACACUUACAAUGACCAGUUGCCCGAAUAUGUCAAACGUUAAUUUUAUUUUCAAUGCUGGACCUGGUUCAACAAUAACAUUUACAUUAACCAAUUGCCCUAAUAUGUCAAAAGUAUCAUUUAUUUUCAAUGCUGCACCUGGUAGAAUAAUAACAGUUUCAUUAACAGAUCGCCCUAAUAUGUCAAACGCUGAAUACGUUUACAACUAAGGUAGUCACAAUCAUGUUAAUCUCUUGAUUCGCAAAAUGCCCUA